GCGACCGGCGGCGACGCCGGGCGAGAGGGCGGCUGGGAGGCCUGGUGCACUGGCUGGUGGGAGUUCCCGGUCGCAGGCAUGACGACGCUCGUGUGGUGGCUCCUCAGCGUCGUGGGGCGGAGGUGGUGGACUAGAGCGCUCUCAGUGGAGCCUGGGGUCUGCCGAUUCGCCGGCGACGACGUCGAUGACGUAUGGGUGCAGCUGCACUACGUGGCAGAGGGCGAACGGGUCAUCCUGUCCCCAGAGGUUGACAUCUACGUGGAGGACAUGAGCUGCGGCAGGGCCGAGACCUGGCCUGCCCGACCCAUCCCGCUGGCGCAGCGGAUGGGCAGGAUGCGGAGGCUGUAUCGCUUCGAAGAGGCGCUGGGGCCUGAGAAUCGGGCCAAGACGCUGACGCGGGGCCGUCAGGCGGCGCUGGAGGUAGAGGCGGCGUCGCCUGAGCCGAGGGAGGCCGGGGCCGUGAGCGGCCAGCGGGUCUCGUGGCAGGAGGACGCUGGUAGGCGGCUGGCCGCGGAGCGGAGGGGCCUGCUGUACCUGAGCAUGGCCGUGGCUCGCCGGGCGGGGACGCCGCUGGAGGCUCCUGCUGGGGGUGACGCCUGGGUCGGCCGCAGUGGCGUGCCCGACGAUGUGAUCGGGGCGGAGGUCGACGUGGCGAAGACUGGAGGCCUGAGCUUCGAGGACGGGCCUGAGGCGCUCGGUGUGCUGAGGUCCGCCGACGGUGGCACGGGGCGACUCGGCCGGCUGGACGCGGGGUCGGACGCUGGGCGCCUGGCAGAGGAGGAGGCUUUCAGGCAUGGCCCAAGCAGGAGCCAGGCGCGUGCCAAGGGCCCCGAGCGCCGACGCACUGCGGCCGCGGCGCCGCUCGAGGAUGAGGAGCCCGCCGGGCCCCCACGCGGCACGGCUAUGCCAGAGCUGGCGCAGCCGCUGCUGGCGGGGCCGCAGGGUGAGCAACGUGACGCCCUCGCCCGCACGCUCGGGGUCUUCUACGACGAGCAGGGCGGACGGGACAGACGAUGGCGAGACGUGGUAGGCGAGUCGAGGCAGGGGCGCCGCCCAGACGCACGGGUGGGCAGACCGCCGUGGGCUCUCCACAUGCGCGAGCACAUGGUGAGGCACGGAGGCGACCUGCGGCUCGAGCCCGACCUCACCGUAUGCGUGAGGGGCCGUGGGGAGAAUGAUUGGGUGGUGCAGAAGCUGAGGACGAUCGUGGAGGCCUGGUACCAGGGCUUAUUACGUGUCCAGCCGAGCAUGAGCGGCCUGAUGAUGGUGGGGAAGAUGACUCACCGCGGGUCCGCCACGCUGGAGGCCUACGGAGACCUGCUCAAGCCGAGCUGGACGAACGCGGACAUCUUCGCGGACGUGAGCUCGGAGAAGGACGUCUCGGGGUCAGAGCUCAGGGGCUACAUCCACCAGGGGGCGCAGAAGACGUACGAGGUUCGCUACGCGGGGUGCCUACUAGGACCGUCGGCGGAGCAGAAGGAGCUGGAGGCGACGCAGCAGGUGCGGGGCAAUCGGAUUGCGGCGGAGGUCAACGGCAUCGUCGAUGCCGUUAACUGGAUGUCGGGGUACGACUCGUUUCCUGGCCCAGCCAAUGACAUGCAGCGGGAUGUACUUGCGCGCUUCGAGGGCCUCGUUCGGGGCCGGCAGCCGGACGCCAAGUUGCAGGAUCCGCAGGCGGCCCUCCGGGAGCUGCUGCGGGGCCGCUCGCCAUACGACGGGCGCAGUGGCCCGACGACGGUCGCCUCCUACAGUGCAGGGCUCGUCAGCAUGCCGAUGGACGUGAGCGACUGCCCGCGUCUAGAGGACCUCUUGCCUGGCGAGGCCCUUACUUUCCUGCAGGAGCGCCAUGAGCGCAUGUUGCGAGAAUCACCCUUGCCGACUGACGUCGAGCCAUACUUCGACUCGGUCCUCAAGUUCAACCACAAGGAGUACCGCGGCCUGGUGCGCCGGCUGCUGUCGGCUGGCAUUCUGGGAUGGACUCUAACACCGAAAGAGAGAAUUGAGAUGUUUUUCGCGUGGAAGGAUGGGCGGCGCCGACUUCGCCUCAUAGUCGACGCCCGCCGUACGAACGCCCACUUCAAGGACCCUCCUGGGGUGGAGCUUUUGAGCAGCGAGGGCCUCGCCAGAAUCGAGGUGCACGUGCCAGACGCGGGCUUCUCGAACUACGAGGACCUCCGCGCCGCGCUGGAGGCGCAGCAGGUGUACAUCGGCAUGGCGGACGUGAAGGACUGCUUCCAUAGGAUGCGCAUUGAUUCGGCCCUCUCGCAGUACUUCUGCCUGCCGCCGGUCAAGGCUGGGGCUUUCGGCGUGACCGAGGUCGAGGGGACCAAGGUGCAGACGUCGACGGCCAUCUACCCUUGCUGGCAGGCGCUGCCCAUGGGCUUCAGCUGGUCCCUCUACUUCGCCCAGCGGGCCAACGAGGAGGUGAGCCGCCGCAGCAGCGCGCUCCUUCGGGGGCCCGGUCUCUCAGACCAUGGGCCACCGCUCGUGUUCGCGCCGGGCAGGGCGUCCCAGGAAGUCAGGCACUACGUGUAUGUUGAUAACUUGGGGGUCUUCUCGCUCUUCUCUGAACUCGUGAGCGGCGUGAUGAACCAGCUGACAGGCGAGUUCACCAAGCUGAGCCCACUGCUGCACAAAGACGAGCUGGUGCCGGACAAGGCAGUAGCGCUGGGGACGGAGAUCGACGGGGGCCAAUUGCGCACUCGUGUGACCAGUGAUCGGUUCUGGCGCUGCCGCCAGGCCGUGCGAGGCCUCCUAGCCCGCCGCCGCGUCAAGGGGUGGGCCGUGGAAGCAGUGCUGGGCCACCUAACCUUUUGUGGCCUCUGCUCGCGCGGCACCUUGUCAGCCUUCAAUUCAGUCUACGGCUUCACGGCCGUGCUAUGGACUGAGGCGCGGCAGGAGCUGACGGCCUUCAGCUCUUUGAUGUACUUCCUGGAAUCAGAUUGGUGGCUACCUUGGAAUCCCUUGGUGCAGCAGUCAGAUGCCAGUCUUCACGGCUACGGACUGGCAAGGGCCUUUUGGCCGCGGGAGCUGGUGGAGUCAGUCGGGCGCGUGCCUGAGCGAGCCCGCUUCCGCCGGCGCUGCGCGCACAGUGCCCGCGAGGCUGCGCUCUGUGCAGCUGGUUUCAGCAUGAGCGAGAGUGGAAAAUGGGAACUCAAGGGCCUUCCUGAAGAUGAGGAGGAGCUGGGCCAGUGGGACGUUGUGAGGGACUUCCCGGAGGUGCCCGCCCGGGGGCUCCGCGCAGGUCUGCGGGAGCCCUGCUUCGCAAGAGCCUGGCAGCACCCUGAGGGCAUCCUGACCUUAGAGGCCCGAGCCCUGGUCAGCAGCAUACAUCGCAUCGCCACCACGGUGUUUGGGUCCCACAUACGUCAGUUGCUGCUCUGUGACAAUAUGUCGUCCGCCCUUCUGGCUGAGCUGUUGGAGCUCGAGGGCUCCCAGGCGGGCUCAGGGCGGGUUCCCGCCUGGUCCGCACCUGAGAAGGUAGCCGGUGGCGCCGCGGCCCGCGAUGCUGCCUGUGUGCCCGCGGGCGCCGGACGGGCGCGGCCGCUGCCUCGGCCCCCUGCAGACCAGACAGGGCGCGAGGCCAGGGGCGGGACGCCGGCGCACGCGGCGGCCGGCGCCGGUCAGGAGGCGGGAUGCCCGUGGCAGCUUGCCCCUUUGCCGCCAGUGGCGCCGCUGCCGUCGCCGGCAGCUCGGCGGGAGCACCAGCUGUGCGAGUCGGAGCUCCUGAAGACAGCGGUGCAGGGCCGUCCCCUGCCGCGGAGCUUGGGGCAGAUGGCGGAGGACCUGAAGGAGAUGCCUGUGCCAGCGGAGCCCGCUCAGGGAGUGCGAGAGAGCGACGGCUCCUCCGACAGCGGGAGCUCCGAGCCCGAGGUCGAGACCGACGCCGCGCGGCAGCCCAGGCUCGCGCAGUCGCACGAGCGCCUUGCCCGCCACUACGGGCCCCCUUACCUGGAGAGGGAGGCCGCGUGGAUUCCGUCGCUGCGCGAGUACCAGAGGGUUGCGACCAUUGGCGAGGUCAUGGAGAGCAGGGUCGAUGCCAUGGUGACCUCGGCGUUGGUGAGCCAGCUGACCGGACUGCACCAGACUGGGACUCACCCCUCCUGGGCCGAGAGGCUGAUGGUCGGCGUCCUGCACUUCAACCCCGACGGGUCGAGCUACGGUGCCUGGCGCCUCCCCCCGGGCUGGAGUUUCUGGACCCUGAGGCUCUCCCCGGAGGAGGAAGGCCCGUGGGGAAGAGCGGGCCUGGUGAAGGUGUCGCUAGAGUCAGACUCGCCCUGGAUGCGCUUCUUGGGCCCUGUGCUGUGUCAGAUGAAGAAGGAGAAGCACCCCGAGUACCCGUGGAACUUCACGUGCCCAGAGUACCGCAGGAGGUUCAGCCUACGUCUCCAAGACCUGCCAGCAAGAGCCGAGUUGGUGCCGUAUCAGGUUUGCCUUUCAAGGGCCUUGGUAUGCAUGGCGAGGAGGUGGGGGCGGCUGGCCGAGGUGCAGACACGCUGGCAGUGGAGAGCCAAGCGCAGCGUCGUCCGCUACGAGAAGCACGCGCGCCUGGCAGCCACGUGGUCAACUCGGAGCCGCACGGUGCAAAACGUGUUCCUGGUCUGCGGGGUUCAGCUCGCGGACAUCAUUUCGGAUCGCGCCUCGCCGCUCGACUUGCGGGAGCUCGGAGGCGCGGGUCGGUCCGCAAUGGCCAUGGGCGUGCCAGCCAGGUUCUGGGACACGCUGCACGGGCCGGGCGGCGACCUCACCCGACGGAAGGUCCUGCGGGGCUUGUGCUCCGACAUCGCCGCAGGCCGCGUCUUGGCCGCGAUGCUGGCGCCGCCUUGUGGGCCCUGGACCACCGCUGCCGACCGAGUGGGAGCCAUCCGCUCGGCAUCGCAGCCCUGGUGA